CUGUGUAUAUAAGCAACCCCCUGAAUCGCGAGCCGCAUCUCUUCUCUUCUCCCGGUCCAUCUCUUGUUCGAAUUAAGCUAGUAGUAUUACCGGUGUGAUUAACAAAGGAGUGGAGGGGCUUAACAAGCGGGGCAUGAGCCGUAUGGGCAGCAACGGCGGUGGCAAGCUGGCGAGCUGGCUGUGGCGCGCGCCGCGGCGGGCUCUGGUCCGGGCGCGCGACCUCUACGUGCGGAGCCUCACCAGCUGCGCGGGCCAAUUCCCAUCCGACGCCUCCUUCGGCUACCCGUCCUUCGCCGCCGCGCCUGCGCCGUGCAGCAGGGCCGCCGGCUACCACAGCUUCUCCGCCUCCCCCUCAUCCUCCUCGCGGUCCUACGGCGGCGACGGCGACCUGCGGGAGCUUAUGCGCGCCGCGUCGGAGAGGCGGGCGGCCCCGGAGCGCCCGCCGGCCGUGCCCAGGAGCCGGAGCGUGGCCAUGGCGAAGAUCGACGAGGACGGGCCGUGCGAGUUUGGUCUCGCCGGCGACGGCGUGGCGUUUGCCAGGAGCCGGAGCUGCGCCGUCUCCGCCGGCCGGGCCAGUGGGCAGAGGGGGAGGGCCGCCCAUGUGCCUGUGUCUUGAUCGAUUGUUGCACUGGGAAGCUUGCCUCGCGUCCAGCCUUCCUCUGUUUUUCCCCUUCGACUUCGAGUGUGCAGAAAUCUGCAAUCGUGCUGUAAAUCUAGUUAAGAAAGCUUUGUAGAGUAUGCCUUGUGCUCUGUUAAUCCUUCUCGCACCAUUCUGUUCUGUCUGGAAAUUAUUCUGGCGCAUUCGCUUGUAGUAAUAUCUUCCGCGCAGCAGUCGCAUGAUAUGCG